UUGGUUGUGACACAAGACACAACCAAUAACGUGACAGUUGUCUGUGUGGCUGUGGCUGUUAUGUUAUGACACUAUUGACAGUUCAGAUAUACCGGUGAAUAUAAAUAAAAAGGGAUACCGAAAUGUUGAAUUAAUAUAAUUAUUUUUGGAUUCUUUACAUAAAUCUACUCGAAGAAACUUAAUAAACUUAUAACAUUCUUAUAACGGAAGUGGUGUCAAAGGAGGUUUGAAUAAUUUUGCAUGCAUUUUUAGUGACAACCCAAGUAUCAGUUUCCAUGGACCAGUAUACCUUAGGAAUUGAUAUAGGAACUACAUCUGUAAAAGUAUGUAUAGUAAAUACAAAAUCUUCUGAGGUUGAAGCACAACAUGUUAAAGAUACUCAGUCAAAUAUUCCAAGUGAUACUGGACCAGGCGGUAAUAAGCAGGAUGUUCCUAAAAUUAUAUCAGCCUUAAAUCUAUGUGUAUCAAAACUGCCAAAACAGCUAUUACAAGAUGUUUCUAAAAUUGGAAUAUGUGGACAAAUGCAUGGUGUUAUGUUUUGGAAUAAUGAAGAGAACAAAAAGGCGUGGGAUAUGAUUGAAAAAGAUAAAAGUGUUAGAUAUGACGUAAUACAAGACAAAGUUUCUGCAUUAUAUACUUGGCAGGAUAAUAGAUGUGAUACUAAUUUUCUUGCCCAGUUGCCAAUACCAAGAUCACAUUUAAGAGUAUCUACAGGUUUUGGCACAGCAACAAUUUUUUGGAUGAAAAAAAAUAAGCCAGAAAAGCUUAAAAAAUAUAAUUGUGCUGGUACAAUAGCUGAUUUUGCAGUGUCAAUGUUGUGUAAUAUGAAUAAGCCUGUGAUGUCAUAUCAAAAUGCUGCCAGCUGGGGAUAUUUCAAUUGUACCGACAAUAAUUGGAAUAUAAAUCUUUUAAAAAAUGAAGAUUUUCCUGUAGAAUUACUUCCAGAAAUAAAAGCUCCUGGAGAUCUUGCAGGUUUUCUUUCUGAGAAUUGGCACAGUAUUCCAAAAGGCACUCCAAUAGGAUUAGCUUUGGGUGAUUUACAAUGUUCUGUGUUAUCAACAGUUGAAACUCCACAAGAUGCUGUUUUGAAUAUAUCUACUUCUGCACAAAUAACUUUUGUUGUUGACAACUAUCAACCAAACUCAGGUCCACCUGAAUUAACUCCAGUUGAAUAUUUUCCAUAUUUCAAAAAUCAGUUUAUAGCUGUAGCAGCAUCAUUAAAUGGAGGGAAUUCUUUAGCUACAUUUGUAAAAAUGUUACAGCAGUGGACAUUGGAAUUAGGAUUCAGUGUUCCUCAAUCAAAAGUUUGGGAAAAAGUUUUGGCUUUAAGUUAUGAGGAUAAUGCCAUAUCUGAUUUAGUAAUAAAGCCUACUUGUUUGGGAGAAAGACAUGAUCCUGAUCUGUCAGCAUCUAUUCAAAAUAUUCAUGUUGGUAAUUUACAUUUAGGACAAGUCUUUAGAGCUUUGUGUCGGGGACUUUUAGAAAACUUACACAGUAUGAUGCCUAGAGAAGUUUUACAAAAUGCAAAAAUAAGUCGUAUUGUCGGCAAUGGUUCAGGUUUAUCAAGAAACAAAGUGCUACAGAAAGAGGUCCAACAUUUAUAUCAGUUACCUUUAGUUUUUACCAAGGGAGGAGAUGCUGCUAAAGGAGCAGCUUUAGCUGUUGUUCUAGAUUGAAAAUAAAUGGUUAUAGGAAAAUUUUAAUUUAUAUAAAUGUAGUAGAAGUAUUAAUUUGUGCAUAGCGGGCUAAACACAAGUAAUAUCUGUAAUUGUUAAAACUGCCAAAUAGUAAGUGAGGUUAUUUAGUAAAAGCUUAAAUUUAGUUUUAAGGUGGGAUCUACUAUAUCUAUGUAGUAAAUCUAAUUUUAUUUAUUUAAAAAAUUACAAAAAUGUUUUAGCAUAUCUAUUUAAACACUUUCAGUUGACUAACAGAACAACCUCAUCUAUUAAUUCUUGUUAAUAAAUAAUAAAUACAGGGUAUCCACUUAUGUGUGACAUUUUCAGUACGAGUUUAAAGAUAAGUAUAGUAGAAACAUAAAUAUUCAUUUCGCCUCUUCAAUUAAAAUUAUAUUACUAUUAUAUUAUGACACAAACCAGAAAAACGAAAAUGUUUUUGAGACUGAGGAUGUGGAAGGGAUGGAAUAAGUUAAUGAAUGUCUCCCAUGUUUUGCACAAACGGCAGAUGAAGGGAUCAGAUAAAAAUUUUUUUAUUUUUCCUCAGAUGGGUAAAGCAUCCAGGAUCGUCAGUAAAUACAAUGAAUUCUUAUAAUACACAGUUUGUAAGAACAGGUGUUUUCAGAAAAUGGUUUCCAUAUAAAGAAAAAUUAAGAAAUUCUGGAAAUAACUCAAAUUAUAUUUAAUAAACUUGGACGUAACUUUAAGCGAGGGUCAUUUUUUUAGAGGUAAUAAUAUGUGUUUUGCCGAAUACACUUGGGUGGUGUGAAAUUUGCGUUUUAAUAACCUUUCCUUUAAAUUAACAUUGACAACAAUGCAUAGCCCAGUUCCCAACUGUGCAUGUGCUGUGUCUAAUGCCUGCCGUUGUUUGAGGUCACACUAGUUUUGUCUAGCGGCGGGGUAUGAAAAAUUAC